UUUCCCAUGACAGUUUUUUUAAUUGAAUGUUUUUAUAAUCCUUACAUUAACAGCAAUCAUCUGAAAUUGUUACUGGUUUAGUUCUAUUGAUAAUCAGGGUUUAUCUAGAAUUCUGUGUAAUUUAAAUAAACUAUUUAAAUCGUUGUUGAAAUUCGUUAGCUUCACAUUCGUUGUUAUUGUUAAGAUGAAGUUAUACGCCGGUAUAAUUUUGUGUUGUUUUGUUGUUAUACAAAAUUCCGAUUGUUUGAUACUCAAAAAAGUGAAGGAGGAAUUGAGUAAUUCCGCUCAGUUUGUAGGCUGUAAGUUUCACAAUUUAAGGGAACAUUUCAGACAUGGAAGUAACUAUGAAAAUUGUACGAGGAGGAGGGAGAAUCCUACCGAAAGUCCGGCAACAGAAAAAUCAGUUUCAGUGAAAACUGAAAUUGAAAACGCAGUUAAGUUGGUUAAAUGCAAACUUCACAAUAUAAAAGAAGAAAUCUUACGUGACCAUAAAGAAAAUUGCACUGAGGAAGUAUCGGCUACUUCCACGGAAGUAAAUGAAUCCAAACAAUUAGAAAAUUUAAAUGUUGACCUAAGGGAAUAUCCACAAAUAGACAUAAGACUAGGAGUACCAGAUUCUCCUUCAGUAGAUGCACAACCGAAAGGGACGGCAGAAUCGGUUACAACACAAAGACCAAUGACAAAUCAAACUUUUAGGAUGGAAGGAAAACGAGUCAUUUCUGUAAAAGCUAAUUGUCCUUCGGGACAACAGGAUGAUGGCACUGGAAUUUGUAGAGAAAUAUUUUAAUAGACUGUUUAAUAAUAAUUAAACUGUAAUUUAUAA